ACGUUAAACAGUUUAAAAGUCUCACAUUUUAUGAAAUAUGGAAGAUAUAGUCGAAGCUGUUACCAGUUUGUAUAAGCAGGGUGACUGGAAAACAAUCGUUGCCAACUACAGGAGUCAUCCACAAAGGAAUAAAGUGCUAUGGGUCUUUCCAACAGAAGAAAAUUUCGAAUUUAUCGCGAAUUGUAUGGUACAAUUGAAUUGCGAAACGAUCCUCAGUAUUGGAUGCGGUAGUGGCCUUCUUGAAUGGAUGAUCACAGAAGCUACAGGUUACCAUGUGUCCGGGAUAGAAGUUGAUGGCGCUUGGUGGCGGUGUAAAUAUGCACCUCCCACUUUUAUACCUAUCAUUUUUACGGCACAAAAAUUAGAUGAAGCUAUAAUUACUUUAUUGGGAAGUAGUAGUCAAAUUGCUCUACUCUUUUGUUAUUUUAAUAACGGACCAGCGUUUAAAGAAUAUUUAGAUAAAUUUGUUGGGAAAGUACUUAUCAUAAUCGGACCCGCGGACGGUAAAGGUGUUCACACGGAUCCUAGGCCGUUCGGAGAUGUCUCCGAGGAAUGGAUCCUACAUGAUUCGCAAGAAGUCGAAACCAGUAAAGAUUACAUUGCAGUAUAUUAUAGAAAGUGACAUUAAAGAAGUUGUGCUCUCAA